AUGCUGAUGAUGAUGGGAUCUUCUAGUGCCUGGGGAAAGACUCAUUUCCUGCCAGUGCCGAAAGCUGGGCACAAUGGAAAACCAGUAGUUGGACAAAAUGUUCACUAUGUACAGAAUCACUUUAUUGUGGUACCGUUCCUACAUCGUGGAAUUAUUGUGUACUCCAUCAGCAAAAAGUUGAAUAAACUCUGGAAGAUAACACCAAGAAUACCUCGAAUUGGUUCAUCAUCAUUGUCCACAAAUGGCAAGUUUCUGGCCAUUUCAAAUCUUCAAGACGGGGUCUUGAAACUUUUGAUAGGGUACAAUGAGCUACAAACAGUGUGUGUAUGGGUAGAAGCCAGUGAUGAGACAAUGUCAAAAAAGCCCACUCACAACUCCCAAGAAACAGCAGAAAGAGAAGCUUCAGAUAAAAAUGCUGCAGACAAGUUGGAUGUCACUUCAGAGGCACACAAGGACAGCAACUUGCACAUUGAAUUGCCUGAUCUUGCAGAAACUGGGAGUAAAUCUGUAAAACCCACUGCCAGGAAUGAAUCAGAAAUUGGAAGAAGUGGCUGUAUUGGCCUAAUUACCUGCUUUGCUUUGCUAGUCACCAUUAUUGCUGUCCUGUUGAUGAUGCAAAUCCUAGAAGAAGAUGGAAUGGGAACGCUUGAAGAAAUAGUAGAGGCAUUAGUACCGGAUAUUGAUGUGGAAGUAAAAUAA